AAUUGGACGGGCGUCCGUGACGUCACGAAUAGGAAGUCGGAGCAAGAUGGCGACCCAGGUGGAAUUGUCGAGGCUGGAGCCCUUCCCGGCUCACGCGAGUCCCCUGGACGUGCUCGCGUCCGAAGGGGAACUGCGUCGCCUUCUCCGCGACCACUCGGAGCCUCCGACCGUCCUCUUCACCCCGAGGUGGCUGCCUCCGCGCCCCGGCCCGUGGCCCGUCCUGCUUCGCCUUCAGGCGCACAGCGACGGAGGCAGCGGCGGCGGCGGCGGCGGGGAAUCCGAGGGCGCCGCGGGGGGAGCCUCUCCGCCUCCGUCCCCGGGCCCGCUGAGGCUCUUCGUCAGCGGCUUCUUCCUGCGGCUCCGCGGCCUCCCCGCGGAGGGGAGCCGGGGUACCGCGCGGCCAGUGCUGCCCGUGAGCCUGGACGAGGUAGUCCUCGGAGCCCGCGUCGGGGCCACUCUGGAGCGGGACGACGCCGAGGGGCUCGCCUCGAAGCUGCUGGAGCUCUGCCGGGAUGGACGCUGUCUGCUGGCCCGCCUCGGAGAGCCGCUGGUGGGGGACCGACCGGGAGAGAUCCCCGACACCCUGGUGCUGUCGUGCAGCCCGGUCGCGCAGGGUCGCGUCACCGCCGACACCGCUGUGGUCCUGGCCGACUGCGGCGAGCGGCCGGACGACGCCCCCGGGCCGGCCCCGCCCCCGAGGGAGCUCCGGCUGUGCGUCUCGGACUUCGCCCGCCAGGCUGCCCGCCUGGCGGGGGGGCGUUCGCUGCUGGACCGGCACCGGGAGUCUUGCGGGGUCACGGAGGAGCCGGAGCGCCGGCUGGAGGUGCGCGUGACGGACGUGCAGCGGUGGCCAGCGGCCGACGGUCGCCGCGGCGGCGACGUCGACGCUCGCCUCUACGUCGGCGUCCGCACGCUGCUCAGACUGGGGCUGUUUGACGGCGAGUGGGUCAAGCUGCGGCCGGCGGGCCCGUUCGGAAGGAUGGCGAGCGGCCUCGCUGACGGCCCUCCGCUCGGGCCGGGCGGAUGACGACGACGAUGUCGGCGUCGUGUCGGAGACGUUGUGGUUCAACCUGACGGGAGGGCGGCCGACGGCGGAAGCGUCCCGCCACCUCUGGCUCAAGGUGCGCGCAAAUACGUGAGAAGAACACGCGUGUGGCGCCCGCAUAUCACGUACGGUCGAAUGCGCUUGUCGGGCUUCAGAGAUGGCGGCGGCGGCCCGGAGACGGCGACGCCGGUUCCGACACUUUGCGCUGGCGGCGGUGCCGCGCCGCCGCCGGCCGGCGAGCUUCACCUGCGGCCGCUGGCGGCGCCGGCUGACCCGCGGCCGACCUGCUACGACGCGCUGCUGGCCGCCCACUUCUCUGUCCCCAGGCUGGUGGCACCGGGGGACGUCCUGCUGGUUCCCACCCGCGGUCACCCGGACGUGAUGGAGGACGGCACUUCCUGGAGGCGCCGGGCGCUGCUGUUUUUGGUGCAGACGGUGUCUCCCCGCGACCCGGCGAAGGAAGAAGAAGGGGGCGGAGGUUACCUGGCCGACAGAACGCACACGUCCCUCUUCAUGGGUCCGCCCGUCAACGGCUCGGUGCCCCCCGGCGCGGCCACGCUGUGGAGCGGCGAGUCCCCGCCGGGUCUGGAGCGCGUGGUGGACGCCAUCGGACGGGUCCUCGGCCCGCACCGACGCGGCUCCCUCCCGGCGUGCAGGCUCCUGGUCCACGGGCCGGCGGGAAGCGGCAAAGCGACGGCGGUGGCGGCGACCAGCUCCAGGCUCCGCCUCCGGCUGGUCAAGGUGGACUGCGUGGGCCUGCGCGGCGACACGCCCGCCGCCACCGAGGCGCGCCUGACUUCACUGCUGGAACGAGCCCGCGCGUCGCAGCCUUGCGUCCUUCUGCUCGGGAACCUGCAGCUCCUGCUGCGGCCCGGCGGGGGCGCCGCCGACACCGACGACGACGACGCCCGCGUCCGGGCGGCCCUCUGUCGGCUGCUCCGCGGCGCCCCCAGCGGGGUGGCGGUGGUGGCCACCGUGCGCGACGCCCGCCGGCUGCCCGCCGGCGUGGCGGCGGCGUUCGUCCACCGGGUGGCGUUGGAGAUGCCCGACGAGGAGGGGCGGCGGGCCGUUCUGACGCAGCUGAGUCGGGACGUCGGCCUCGCGCGCGACGUGGACAUGGAGCGACUCGCCAAAGUCACGGCCGGUUUGGCGUUGGGCGACUUGCGCGCCCUGCUGGUGGAGGCCGGCCGCGCGGCGUGCAGACGGCUGGUCCUGGCUUGCCCCGGUCGGCGCGAGGAGGACGUGCGUUCCGGCGGCGUGGGCCUCCGGCAGCGGGACUUCCUGUCGGCUCUGCGGACCCUGCGGGACGCCCAAUCGGAGGCCGCCGGCGCCCCCAAGAUUCCGACGGUGCGCUGGGAGGACGUGGGCGGCCUGGAGCGGGUGAAGCGGGAGGUCCUGGACACGGUGCAGCUCCCCCUUCGGCGUCCGCAGCUCCUGUCGCUCAAGCUCAACCGCACCGGCGUUCUGCUCUACGGGCCUCCCGGCACGGGCAAGACUCUGCUGGCCAAGGCCGUGGCCACCGAAUGUUCCGUGACCUUCCUCAGCGUGAAAGGUCCCGAGCUGCUCAACAUGUACGUGGGGCAGAGCGAGGAGAACGUCCGAGAGGUGUUUCAGAGAGCGCGCUCGGCGGCCCCUUGCGUGGUCUUCUUUGACGAGCUGGACUCUCUGGCGCCCGGCCGGGGGCGCAGCGGAGACUCCGGCGGGGUGACGGACAGGGUGGUGUCUCAGCUGCUGGCCGAGCUGGACGCCCUCCACGCCGGGGACCGGGUGUUUGUCAUCGGCGCCACCAACCGACCCGACCUGCUGGACCCGUCCCUGCUCAGGCCCGGAAGGUUCGACAAGAUGGUCUACGUCGGGAUCGAGGCGGACCCGAGCUCCCAGCUGCAAGUCCUCCGGGCCGUCCUUCGAAGCUUCCACCUGGACGCCUCGGUGGACCCGCGGCGGGUGUUGGAGCGUUGCCCCGCCUACACCAGCGGCGCCGACCUGUACGCGCUGUGCUCGGACGCCAUGGCGGCCGCCGUCAAGAGGAAGAUCGCCGCCAUCCAACGGGGCCUGGACUCCGAAGACUCGCCGCUGCGCCUCACCAUGGAGGACUUUGGCGCUGCGCUGCGUGACUUCCGGCCCUCGCUGUCGCCGGAGCAACUGCUGCCGUACCAGGGCCUCCUUCAGCGCGCCGCCUGACGCCGUUACCUCAAAGACUCGAGUUUUGGGCGGGGGGGGGGGUUCACCCGUCUGGUUUUUUCGAGUGGUUUGCCCAAAAAAUGGAUUCCAAAGCCUCAAAUCAACUUUCAGAUUUCUAAAUGAAUGCGAAGCGCAACAGUGGUGAUCCUGUUCCACUUGAAAGUCAACCCACCGCCC